AUUUCGAAAGUAAUGGUUAAAGUAGUGAAGUGCCCAUAGUUAUCACUCAUAAUGCCGUUGUUUGGAGUUGGUCCGAGCUUCUAAUUUUCGCCCAGUGAAUUCAGUGAACACCUUGCGCGUCGGAUCGGAGAUUCAACUACCAGUCCGCACUCAGCACUACGACUCACCCAUUUCCUCACUUCAACGAGUUCUACGCACCUAUAACCUCCGGAGUCGAUUGAAACCGCAACGCAAGGAAAUAUCCAUCCGCCAUGCGGCUUUCCCCAGCGACCUUGCUCAUCACCGCGCUGACCUGGAUCACCGCCGUGGCAGCACACAACAUUCAACUCCGGGCACACUCGAGGGAAUGCUUUCAUGAACCGUUGCAUAAAGAUGACCGGAUGACUGUCACUUUCCAGGUCGGUGACAGGGAGUUUGGAGGUAGUGGGAACCUUGAGAUUGAUUUCUGGGUCGAGGAUCCGUUGAGAAACCGUCAAUACUUCAAGCAGGCUGUUUCCUCCGACGACUACAGUUUCACUGCCCACGUCGACGGCAAAUACAUCUACUGCUUCAGCAACGAGGGUUGGACAUCUAACUCCAAGGAAGUCUCUUUUAACGUGCAUGGAAUUGUCUACGUCCCUGAAUCGGAGGCGCAGGAUCCUUUGGACACUGAAGUCCGUCGACUCUCGGAGGCUUUGGCUCAGGUUAAGGAUGAACAAUCGUACAUUGUGGUGAGAGAAAGGGUACACCGGAACACAGCGGAGAGCACCAACGCGCGAGUAAAGUGGUGGAGUAUCUUCCAGCUUGCUGUGCUUAUCGGAGAAGGUGUCUUCCAGGUCUGGUGGUUGAAGAGAUUCUUCGAGGUCAAGCGGGUUGUCUAAGUUCUACGUUCGAUGCUCGGAGCGAGAGUUGGUGUAUUACCAGAAUAGAGCGAUUAUACUCUACUAUUUUCAAAGAGAAAUACUUUCGAGCACUGUCUGCAUCGGAAUGAUAUGCUACGUGCUAGCAUCGUCCUAUGCGAUUUUCUAUUGCUCGGGAAGAUGUUUAAUAUAUGAUUUUACGUACACAAGCCUCAAGGUAUUAGAUGAGGAUGUCGCCAUGGCAAUAUUUCUUAUUUGCAAAAGCAAUCGCAUUAUCCAUUUUUCCACAUUUUAUUUAAAAUCACAUGGG